UUGAGAUAUGAUCAACAAAGGUAAUUGCAAUUCAAUUUGCAGAGAAAUAAUAACAAAGGUAAUUUUGUAUGCUCGCAAACAAGACAAAACAGUACUUAUCUGCCCGGCUCGCAACAUCAGCUCCUAUAAAAAUCUCAGGUUCAGUCAGCAGAUACUGCGACUGCAAGUCUCAUCUGAUGUGGGCGUUUCACUCUCCGCAAACUACCCAACUAACUUUUCGCUACAACAAUUCAGCUCGUGCUCCUCCAAAACCACCCAUCUGCUCAAUAACCUUUAACUCCUCAAGCUCCACCACAACAGCCGACAACAAAAACAACUUAAUCCAAUCUUUAUGCAAACAGGGCAAUCUCAGAAAAGCUCUUAAACUCCUUACCAACGAACCAAACCCCACCCAACACACCUACGAGCUCCUCCUCCUCUCUUGCUCUCACCAUAACUCUCUUUCCGAUGCCCAAAACGUUCACUACCAUCUCAUCGAUAAUGGGUUCGACCAAGAUCCUUUCUUGGCCACCAAACUCAUUAAUAUGUACACAGAACUAGACUCUAUUGAUCACGUACGCCAGGUGUUUGAUAAAACGCGUAAUAGAACUAUUUAUGUUUGGAAUGCGCUCUUUCGAGCGCUUUCGUUGGCGGGUUGUGGAGAAGAGGUUUUAAAUUUGUAUCGGGAAAUGAAUAGGAUUGGGGUUCAAUCGGAUAGGUUCACUUAUACUUAUGUGCUCAAGGCUUGUGUUGCAUCAAAUUGUUUAAUUUUCCUUUUGAAUCAAGGGAAGGAGAUUCACGCCAGUAUUUUACGACGUGGGUAUGAUGCACGCGUGCAUAUUAUGACUACUUUGAUAGAUAUGUAUGCAAGGUUUGGCUGUGUGACAUAUGCUAGUUAUGUUUUCAAUGAGAUGGCUGUGAAAAAUGUAGUUUCUUGGAGUGCUAUGAUUGCUUGUUAUGCAAGAAAUGGAAUGGCAUUUGAAGCAUUGGAGAUUUUUCGUGAAAUGAUAAUGGAGACCCAUGAUUCGAAUCCUAAUUCAGUGACUAUGGUUAGCGUGCUUCAAGCUUGUGCAGCUCUUGCUGCUUUAGAGCAAGGGAAGUUGAUACAUGCUUAUAUAUUAAGAAGGGGUCUUGAUUCAAUUUUGCCUGUUAUAAGUGCCCUGGUGACUAUGUAUGCAAGAUGUGGCAAGCUUGAACUAGGGCAGCGAGUUUUCGAUCAGAUGGAGAAGAGGGAUGUUGUUUCCUGGAAUUCUUUGAUUUCAAGUUAUGGGGUUCAUGGAUUUGGAAUGGAAGCAAUCAAAAUUUUUAAAGAUAUGAUUUGUCAUGGAAUUCAGCCUAGUCCUGUAUCUUUUGUUAGUGUUUUGGGAGCUUGCAGCCAUGCAGGGCUUGUUGAGGAGGGAAAGAUGCUAUUUGAAUCAAUGCGGAAAGAGCAUAUGAUAAGUCCUAGUGUGGAGCAUUAUGCUUGUAUGGUAGAUCUUCUUGGCCGAGCUAAUAAGUUAGAAGAAGCAGCCAAGAUUAUUGAAGAUAUGAGGAUUGAACCAGGACCUAAAGUUUGGGGUUCAUUACUUGGAUCAUCUAGGAUUCAUUGUAAUGUUGAGCUUGCUGAAAGAGCAAGCAAGCGACUUUUUGAUCUUGAGCCUACAAACGCGGGCAAUUAUGUACUGCUAGCUGAUGUAUAUGCAGAAGCUAAUAUGUGGGAUGAGGUAAAGAGAGUAAAAAAGCUACUGGAAGUUAGAGGGCUGCAAAAGGUCCCAGGUCGAUGUUGGAUUGAAGUUAAGAGGAAAAUGUACUCAUUUGCUUCUGUUGACGAGUUCAACCCACAGGUUGAAAAGCUGCACGCUCUGUUAAUCAAACUGUCCUCUGAGAUGAAGGAGGAAGGCUAUGUGCCACAAACCAAGGUUGUGCUCUAUGACCUUGAUAGAGAGGAGAAGGAACGAAUUGUAUUAGGCCAUAGCGAAAAACUAGCAGUUGCAUUUGGACUCAUCAAUACUAGCAAAGGAGAAACCAUUCGGAUUACCAAGAACUUGAGAUUGUGUGAAGAUUGCCAUUCUUUUACGAAAUUCAUUUCCAAGUUUGCAAAUAAAGAGAUUCUGGUGCGAGAUGUUAAUCGCUUUCACCAUUUUCGCGAUGGGGUCUGUUCUUGUGGGGAUUAUUGGUAGUAGUCAUAUUGUUGUAACCAAAAAUCAAUCUUUUUCCUUCCAAAUAACAAGAGUUGAGAUAAUACACACUUGUAGUUUUAAUAUGUACAGCAUUCCACUUUCUUCAA